AUCUAUUUAUUCGUCUCUCCUCGCACUGUCUCCGAAUCCAAUCCGCCCUCUCUCCCACUCCGCCUCCCGAUCCCUCGAAUCCCACUUCGAUUCGAUACUUUCCAUUCCCCGAGCCCGCGAGGAACCCUAACCCUAGCUCGCCCCCUUCCGUUGUUCCAGAUUCCGCCGGUUAGGGUUGCAGUUUGGGGCUUUCAAUCGUCGAAAUGGCUGACGCCUUGAAGGACGAGACCGAGCAGACCGUGACGAUCGAGGAGUACAUCGAAGAGCUCGAGGCGGAAGAACUCGAGGCUGAUCUAGUUCUGGGGGGCGACGAGGGCAAGGAGUGCACGUAUCCGAGUGGGUACAUGAAGAGGCAGGCCAUCUUCUCGUGUUUGACGUGCGUUCCUAGUGGCAACGCCGGGGUUUGCACAGCCUGCAGCCUCUCUUGCCACGAUGGCCACGAGGUCGUGGAGUUGUGGACCAAAAGAAAAUUUUGCUGUGAUUGUGGCAACUCAAAGUUUGGGGAAUUUUCUUGCAAGCUUCAUCCUGAUAAGGAGCCUGAAAACAGUGAGAACUCAUACAACCAUAAUUUUAGAGGUUCUUACUGCACCUGUGGUCGCCCAUAUCCUGAUCCAGAUGCCAAAGAGCAAAUUGAAAUGAUACAAUGCUGUAUAUGUGAAGACUGGUUUCAUGAUAAUCACCUUGGACUUAACUCUCCGGACGAGAUUCCAAGAGAUGAGGAUGGCGAACCUGUCUAUGAUGACUUCAUCUGUGAAAAGUGUGCCACCACCUUUUCAUUCCUGAAAUUUUAUCCUUCUUCUUUAUGGGCCUUGCCAAAGCAAAAGAAUGCGCCUUCGGUCCAGAGUAGCACUGAGAAUGUGAUGGAGAAUGACUGCUUAACUUCUCUGAGUGCCAAGGCGAUUGACAGUCAUAUUUCCCAAUCUGAGAUUCAGGCAGAUUGUUCAAGUUCACUCUCCCAACCGGAAAGUUCUUCUACCAAGAAGGAUUCUACUUGCGAAAAUGGCACUGAAGUAAAUGCAAUGUUGGAGGAUAAUAAAGCACGGCCUGAGGAUCGAGGCUCAACCGCCACAUGCCCUGUUGGAGUGGACAUUAUCGAGGCAACCCUUCCCUCUGAGAAAGCAGGGCCCAUGUUUCUCCUUAAAAAAUGGAGAGAACUUCUUUGCAAAUGUAGAAGCUGUAGUGAAUUCUAUACCCUUAAAGGAGUAGAAUUUCUAAUUGACAAGGAGGACACAAUUGAGGAAUAUGAAAAGAUGGGCAAGUCGAAGAGGGACGAAAAAUUGAAGCAACAGGAAGGAGCUGAAUUGAACUUUCUCAACACUCUGAAUCAUGUCCAGAAAAUAGAAAUCUUCAGUGGGAUAGCUGACAUGAAGAAUGAACUGCAUUCCUUUUUGAAUGAUCUGUCUCCCAUUGUGUCUCAAGAAGGAAUCUUUCGAUUCAUCAAAGGCUGUGACAUCGGAGGAUAUCAAAGGUGUGUUUGAAAACCUCGCCAAGAAAAAGAAGCAAAGGCUGACAUGAGUUUCUUCGGUAUCCCCGGAAACAUGGAGGUCUAGUUUAGUUCUCUUUAGACUUGAUAUGCCAAGUUAUGAGUUAUCAGCUUUGUUGGUGCUUGUUGUACUCUGCUAAUGAGUAAUGACUCUUGCCACUAUGAGUAUAAUCUAUAGCAGUUCUCUGUUAUUAAGAAUAUGCCAACUUAUAAUUGCAGUUCAACAUUUAAAUUAAGUUCUUAUUAAUGUUGAAGGCUUUUAUGUGUU